UUGAAAUAAUAAACAGUAACGAAAUAGCAUCGUUACACAUUGCGUUGCAAUAAAAUUAAUCAGUGAAUAAAAGUGGAUAUUUAAAUUAAUACAACAAAAUGGUUUCGCUGUACCCUUUCUGGAUUCCAAGCCUUUAUUCAUAUAGCUACAUAUCUGGUAUAAAAUUUAUAAGUUUCUAUACCAUCGUAAUGUCUAUUAUUUUCAUGAAUUUUACCAUGUACUAUAUAACACGUAUAAACUCAAGGCGUCACUACAAUCCAUUGUAUGAAGUUAUUAGUAGGCCUACUUUGAAUAGAAUUAUGGAUAGGAUUUUGAUAUUCAUAUUUUUACUCAUAGUGUCAUCUUGUUACUUAAUUAUGGGUGUGAAUCUUAAGAUUCGUAGUUUAAUGAUCCCAUGGAUGGUAUUUUUUGGGUUUGUUGUUUCUUUCCAAUUGAUUAUUCUAUUAUGGCAGCUUGAAUUCUAUUUUAUGGGUUUUCACAACCUGACUGGAACACUAAUUAAUUUUAUUUGGAUAACAAAGAACAUUCACUGCUGGAUUGUUGUUUAUUCAAAGUUCAAAUUUAUUGGACUUAUCCCAACACCUAAUAUUGAAAUAUUUUCUUAAUUCAAUAGAAAUUAAGUUAGCAUUGACGCUGACCUUAGUACAGUUUGACUACGAAAAUGUUAGAGAUUUUAAAAUGUUUUGUCCAAU